AUGUUAAACUUGUUUCGAACCACAAAACUAAAAUUUCAUUGCGCCAAAGGGCCCUUUUUUGGUCCCAAGAGCAUUCAUUCAAACUCUUUAACCGCAAAUCUCGAAUUAUCAUCAAGAAAUAGAACUGCAAUUAAAACUCGGUCAAACUUCAUUAAUAGCGAAAACAACAAAUUUUCACAAAUAAAUUCCUCUCACAUUUUUGGUUAUUAUGGUUUUUCGUCACGUCUUAAUUAUUCUACCGUGGCAGAUACACCAAUGUUGGAACAACAAUCUUUUGAUUAUCUUAUUCUAUCACAACCGUCAUACGGAAAAGAUGGAAAAUUUCUUCAUGGGCAGUUCACUGAACGUCUUGUUUUGCUAUAUGCGUGUCUUCAAUCACGUCAUUUGGAAAGAGCUUUGCGUAUUUUUAAAUCUUUAUACAACAACAGUACAGAAGACCAGAAAAACAAUAUUUUGAAUAUUAAUGUGCAUAAUGCAAUACUUUUGGCCUUAACAAGCGAACCAUUCAACGAAAAACAUGUUGGCGAUGCAAUGGGAUGGUAUGAUAAUUUAAUAAAAAAAUAUAAAGUUAAACCUAAUUUAGUGACAUUUGCAAUAAUGAUAAAGGGAGUUUUAAGAGAUCCAGCGAGGAAGGAAUCUUACGUAAAAGUGUAUGUCGAGGAAAUGCAGUAUUAUGACUAUACCAUUGAAGAUUUGUUGAAGUCUUUCCAUCUCAAUAACAAAGAACUAAAAAUGCUGGUCGAGGUCAUAGAUUUUAAUGAUUAUGGAAUCAAAUUGGAAUCUUUACCAGUUGAACUUAUACAAGACAUCAAAAACGAAAUUGAUCUAUCUAAGCCUGAUGAAUCGGAAGAAUCUCUCCCCGAUCCAAUUCUUAUGGACGACGCUAUUGGAGUAAAACUCUUGAAAAAUUCUCUAGAAGCACUGAAAGAUAAGACUGAUCCAAUGAAGCGACAGAUGAAACUUGAAGCAAACGCGUAUCAAGCAGCGAUUGAACGAUGGAAAUAUGAUAUAGAGAGAUUCAAAGAUAGGGCCACGGCUCAACGCGUAUCUUCACUUAGAAAUUUUAUGUGGGAGUGGCACUCUGAGUUAGUGCCAUUAAUCCAUGAAGAACAAAAAAGGAUCGAUAAACUUGUUGAACCCUCCAAAAAAGUUAUUUCACCCGAAAAGAAAAAUAUGCAAACCGUCAGAAGAUUCGUGGUCGAAAAAGAAGAGGAAAACAUCGCUAACGAUCGUUUAGAUUAUGGACCAUAUUUCAAGUUACUUAGCCCUGAAAAGCUUUCUGCUAUUACUAUUAUUGAAAUUUUGCGACUUCAAGGCUCUAGUGGGAUUCGUGAUGGAAUGAAAUCCACAUCCGCUUUGAUAGCAAUUGGUAAUGCAGUCGAAGCUGAAUACAAUUCGGAAAAGAUGAAGCAAAAAGAGAAUCGAAAUUUGAUAGGUCAUAAUGUAAAACUUCAAGAAUUAUUCUCGAAUGGCAAGCUUUUCCAAAUGGCUGUUAGACGAGCACAAACGAAAAUAGAACAAGAAGCGAUCAACUCAGAAUGGAAACCAAUGUGGACACCUUCUAUAAAAGCAAAAAUUGGCGCGGUAUUGACAUCUCUGCUAAUUAAUUGCGCGAAGAUCACCGUUCAUGAGACGGAUUCACACGGUGAAAAAAUUGGGGAACGUGUUUCUGCCUUUACCCAUAAUUAUCAGUAUAUUAAUGGCAAACAAGUUGGUGUAAUUCGACUUCGUGAUAUCUUAGUGGAAAUGUUGUCCACCGAAAAUAUAAAUGACACUAUUCACCCUCGAAUGUUACCAAUGUUAGUUAUUCCCAAGCCAUGGCUGACGUAUAAUAGUGGUGGCUAUUAUACAUCUCUAAGUCAUGCAAUGAGAAUCAAAAAGUUUAAUGAACAAUUUCGAUAUCUGAAAGAGGCAUCGGAUAAGGAACAUCUUACUAUGGUAUUUGCCGGUUUAGAUGUUCUGGGAUCCACGAAAUGGGCUAUUAAUAAAAAUGUUUAUAAAGUGGUUCUCGAAGUGUGGAAUAGUGGAAAAGAACUGGGCGGAAUUCCUCCAAUUGAACUUAAAAUUUCAGAACCAAAAAUGAAGGAUUUUACAACUAAAAAAGAAAGAGAGGAAGCUGAACGUGAAUAUAGGAAAGAACUAAAAGAAUAUCAUAUUAAAAAACAAAAUAACCGUUCUGAGCGAUGUUCGGUAAACUAUAAAGUACAAAUUGCUGGCGCGUUUCUCAACGAAGCAUUAUAUUUUCCUCAUAACUUGGAUUUUCGAGGACGCGCAUAUGCAAUACCACCUCACUUUAACCAUUUAGGAGAUGAUCUUUGUCGUGGUCUCUUACUUUUUCACGAGGGAAAACCUUUAGGGAAAGAGGGUUAUAAAUGGCUCAAAAUUCAUCUCGCCAAUUUAUGCGGGGUAGAUAAGGUGUCUUUUGAAGAUAGAGUAAAAUAUACAGAAGAAAAUAUGAUUAAUAUUUUAGAUUCAGCAAAUAAUCCACUCAAUGGUGAAAAAUGGUGGCUUAAAGCUGAAGACCCAUGGCAAUGCCUCGCUACGUGUUUUGAAAUCGCAGAGGCUCACAAAUCUGGAAAUCCAGAAGAAUUUGUAUCACGAAUUCCCGUCCAUCAAGAUGGUACAUGUAAUGGAUUGCAGCAUUAUGCGGCUCUUGGAGGUGAUCCAGAAGGUGCAAGACAUGUCAAUUUACUAAAUUCCGAUACGGGGAAACCUGCUGAUAUUUAUACUGGAGUAGCCGAACGAGUAACUCGGCUGAUCAAAGAAGAUGCAAAGAACGGAAAUCCUCUGGCAAUAAUAGCGCAAGACAUUAUCAAUCGUAAGCUUGUAAAACAAACAGUAAUGACCAACGUUUAUGGUGUGACCUUUGUAGGUGCACGUAAUCAAAUUCAAAAUCGUUUGAAAGAACGUGACGAUAUUAGACCAGAGCAACUUAAAGAACUCUCUUCGUAUAUAACAAUUCAAGUUUUUUCAAGUUUGCGUGAAUUAUUUACGCGUGCUCGAGAAAUUCAAGAUUGGUUGACGGAAAGCGCUAGGAGAAUCUCAAAGAGUAUGCCAAAAGAUAUAAUUAAAAAAUCAAAUACUAAAAAACAAGAGACGAAGAUUUCAGAAGAAGAAGGCAGAUAUAAUCAAGUUACCUCUGUCAUAUGGACUACGCCUCUUCAAUUAACAAUUGUUCAGCCAUACCGAAAACUGGGCAAACGGUCGGUCAAAACUAAUCUUCAAUCAAUUACUAUCGAAAAUCCAUUUAGGCAAAGCCCCGUGAACAGUCUUAAGCAGGCCGCUGCGUUUCCUCCAAAUUUUAUUCAUUCACUGGACGCAACACACAUGCUUAUGUCCGCUCUGACAUGUAAAUCAAAAGGUCUCACUUUUGCAUCCGUGCAUGACAGUUAUUGGACCCAUGCAUGUGACAUACCAAUGAUGAGCGACAUUCUACGGGAAGAAUUUGUUAAAUUGCAUGAACAACCUAUAAUGACAAAAUUGCGAGAAGAAUUUAAUAAAAGAUAUAAUUUAGUAGAAGCAGAUUCAAUUGAUAGCAGUUUCAAAUCCGGAGAUGAAGAUUUCGAUGAUGAAGAAGAUGUCUUAGAUUAUGAAGAAAUUGGUUUAGAUAAUAAUAAAGACGAUGGCUUGUUCGAUGUUGAAGUAGACUAUUUGAACGAGAACAGAGAAGACAAUUCUAAAAAGCUAGAAACGAAAAAAAUAGAUAAUGAUAAUGUUGACGAGGCCAAGAACAAUUUAGAUAAAAGAUCUUCUACACCAAUAUCAUUAUCUUCUGAGGUAAUCACAAUAGAUGAAGGGAAAACAAGGAGAAGGAAUUAUCAAGUAUGGCAACUAUUGAAAUUUCCCCCAUUACCUCCAAAAGGAGAAUUUUCAGUUAGCGAGGAUGUUUUUUUGAUAGGAACUUCUCGAAACGUUUCAACUAUAGAAUUAUCCUUGACACAUUCAAAUUUUAAUUCUUCCCCGUUUCAACCAGUAAAACCUUUGUCUCCCUUUAAUCUUUAUACACCGUCAACAAUGUUCAUACACGACGUUGAGGCAAAUUCAACACCUGAGGAAUUAUUAGAAGAGCUCUCUGUCUCUGACUCAUUAAAACCUGUAAUCCAAAUAUCUCGCUCUUCUGAGGAUGCUAACAGUAGUGCUGAACUUAAUAGUUUCGAGGAAGUAUCUUUAGAAGAUGCAAACGGAAGACCAAAGAUUCCAAUUUCAGAUGUAGAAAAUAAAGAGAAGAAAAAGCCCAAACUUUUUUCCAUAGUCAUAAGUAAAGCAUCACCGCCCUCUUCCACUACCUCUUCACCUCAUUCUCCGCCAACUCCUCCAAAAAUAAACAUGGCUUUAGAUCUUGCAAAUGACUCGGAGGUUCAACUUGGUGAUAAUACACUGCGUAGACAGUCCUCUGGACCUUUUUACAGUGUUCCAAUGACCCCACUAAUAUCUUUAAAAAACCUAGCUGACACUUCAAAAAGACUUUCAGCGGAUGAUAAAUUUACGUCACGAAGGGUUACAACAUUUCCUGCUGGAUCUAAGUCCAAAUCUCUUUCAAAUGUAACCACUUCUGAAUCCGAAUUUGAUGAUAAAAAAUUAAAAAGGACCCAUAGUCAGAGUAGAUUCUUUAAAUGGGGUUCAUCAAAUUUACAUCCUUUAGAUGUGUAUAUAUCUAAAACGCGACAAAGAGAUCUUCCACCUAAAUCGCUAAAAGAAGAGAAACGUCAUAUGCAAGAACAUGAAGCUAUGAUGCGUAAAGCCAAGCAAGCAGAAAUAAAAAAGCUCCAACGAGAACAAAAGAGGAAACAACAGCGAGAUAAGCAAUAUCAAUCAGCUCUUACCGCGUGGGAGAAUGACAUAAUACCCAAUUGGCAGGUUGCACGACACGAGAAGACUACACGAGAUUUAUGGUGGAAAGGGAUUCCUCCAAGAUGUCGAAGCAAGGUUUGGUCAAUGUGUAUAGGAAAUAAAUUAUCUGUAAGUAAAGCUACAUAUGAUAUAUGCUUAGACAGAGCAUUUAAAGCAAAAAGUGAAUCAGGUGAUGGUCUUGAGUCACCUACACGUAGAGAAACAUCGCAUAAGAUGGUGAAGGGCUUAAAUAAUAUAGCAGCAAUGUUAUUAUUAAAUAUGGACGUUAUCACCACUUUUGCAUGCAUGGUCAAUUUGUCUCAUAAACCCUGCCUUUCUGCAUUUUUUGAAAAGGAUGAAUUAAAAAUUCAAGGUUACCUUCGAAUAUUUUCUAUUUUAUUUAAAGCUAAUAUUUCAAAGUUGUAUGAACACUUUAAAUCGCUUGGAAUUUAUCCUUCAGUAUUUAUUCCAAAUUGGUUUAUAACAAUGUUUACGUGUUAUUUACCGCUUGAUAUCGCCAGUCGAUUUUGGGAUUGUUACUUUUUACAUGGUGACAUUUUUCUAUUUCGGGCAGCAUUGGGUGUAUUAUUUUCUUUGGAGGGAAAACUUUAUGGUUCCAAAGAUGAAAUAAUGAGGAUUUUACUUGCUGAGCCAUUCAAUUGUAUUGGCAUUGACAAAAUUUUUGAUCAUAUUGAACAGGUUAAACUCUACGAGGAAUUCUUUCGGCAGUUAGUAGUAAAGGAGGUGCCAGCUUAA